AUAACUUACCCGCUAUUACAUUUUGCAGGACACAACAAUAUAAUUUCAGUUGAGUUUCAUGCUGAAUCAUAUGUUAGCUGGAAAAAUUUUAAGCAAUUUCUUCUCUCUGAAAGAGGAUACAUUAUAUUAAACACGGAAUAUUUCGGCAGUGACAACACGAACUACACUGUAGAAUGAAUAUUUUAAGCUGAUUCACUGCUUCCGGUGAAGUACACACUCGACUCUCCACGACUGUAUUAAAUGAAACAAGGAAAUAAAUACUUUUGAGCCCCGCAGUGUGUUGUUUGCUGUUUGCACGAGAAGCUGUAGACAACAUGAUGUUUGAUUGUGUCUAAUAAGUAAAUUUGAUCUCGAUUUUGGAAACAAAAAGUGUUACCCGUGUAUGUCCGCUGCAUUUUUUGCUUUGCUUCUGAUAAACCUAGGAAACGAUGGCUGUUUGGCAACUUUGGAUACUAUGUGGUAGUUCACUGCUGGCUUCAGGGCUUUGUUUAGCAUUGUCCAUACGCGGCUGUGAGCAUGGUAGUGCAGACGCUGUCGAAGACUCAAAUCCAGUUUUCACAUGCAGUGAAUACACAACAAACGGACCGAAUUGGACUGUUUAUAACGACGAGGGACAGCAGCUUUAUUCUGGUUCUUGUAGUAUGGGGUCAUGCACACCAUCCAACAAUCAGUUUCUACUAGAUCAAGUGAAGCUUAAAAAAAACAAAAUGUAUACAUCCAGGCUGACGAUAAAGAACAUCACGAGGAACUCGGCUCGUAAACUAGUUUGCAGCUAUUCAUCGCCUUAUCCAUCAUGCGACAUAAGAAUAAUUGUCCCUCCACUAUACAAGGCUGGCAGCUGCAGUGUAUCUAUUUCAAACUGGAUGGUGACUGGAAGAUGCACAUUAAAGCGGAUGUUCUCUUCAGAUAAUAUGUACAAGUGUGGAUGGACACAGAAUGAUAAGAAGGAAGAAUUUGGGAGUUUACAAAUCACAUCCAAGAACUACACCGAAAGGAACUCAAAGAGUAACAUUAAUGGAGUUUGUUUAUUCACAAAAACAAUGCCUGUUGACGAUGGUCACUACACAUACACUAUGAAGGUAUCGCUAAACACCAGUGCCUAUUUCGAGAAAACUUUGUACAUUGCUAAGCCGUAUCCUGUAAGACUCAACCACAGCUGUCCAAGUAAUGUUUUUGAGGGAUCAGAUGUAAGCUGUAAAUGUUAUUCUCACACAACUGGAAGUCCACCAGCACACAUUGAGUGGGACGGAAUGGAUAAUGCAACACUUCUGCUCAAAAGUGUAAGACGAGAAAUGAACGAAGAACAUUUCACGUGUCGAAUGAUUUGGGGCCCAAAUGGUUUAAUAAAUGAAACCAGUGUUUUCAACCUGGAUGUAGCAUAUGGUCCAUCGGGAAUUUCCAUCCAGAGCAGCACAGAGACAUCAUUCGAAGAGCCACAGACUGUAUUAACAUGCAUGGCAAUAGAUGUGUACCCUUCAGCCGAAUUUCACUGGAACAUCUCGUGUGAUAAUGAGACUUACACUGUCAACACCAGCACGUGCAUGCUCCCAAGAGCUCGUGUUCAAGACGACAUGACAGUAGCUUGCACGGCGAACAACCGGAUCUUUAAAAACGAGUCUCUAUCUGGAUUUGUUGUUCUAAAUAUCGCAGAAAACAAUGGUGAAGGAGGAAUAAAUCGAGGUGUUGUUGCAGCAGGAGCAGCAGCAGCAGCUGUUAUCAUAGCUGUCAUUGUUUCCCUUAUCGUUGUUUACCACAUUAAACGACGAAAUAUCAACAAAGCCGAGAGUCCAGCUGUUCGCUUUUCUGUGCCAUCAGGUGAUCAGUUCACCAUUUCCACCAUAACAACUUCUGGUCAUGCCAAUAACGAUAACCAUGUCACAUCACGUGAGGUAAUUGAGAAAAAGUCAUGUUCGGCAGAAAGAAGCGCUGAUCAUCAGGCUAGGAAUACUCAUCGACAAGUGAAUGAAAGAGAGAACAAAGCAAAAAACACAGCACAACCUCACCCAUCAAGCACAGGCAAUGAACUAUUCCAGGACAUAUCAGCAACUAGUUGUAUGAACUUCACAGAAGUGGAGACGAAUUCAGGUUUUUGUGUAUAUCCCAUAGUUACACUGGCUGCUGCGGUUGGAACCAAAGUUUGUGAUACAGGACAGGCGACCAACACGUCCGUACCUUUAGAAGACGAUUACACUGUCUUGUGGUCCCAAGAGGCUCGAACUGAACAAGAGGACUAUGAGGCCACCUACAACCACCUAGACUUUAGUUAAUUAUUUUUUCUCAAUGAAGCUUGUGAUACGACUUGAAUUUCUUUGACUUUUCUUAUGUCAAAAAGAUGAACCACUUUACAUGACGGGAGGGUUGGCUGAGAACCAUUACACCGUUACUUACUUUAUUAUCUUCAUCUUGCUAUUAUAAAAAAAAAACCAUCGGCUUUAAAGUUUUGCUUUUUACAAAAGUAUGUCAUGUUUUAUUAUUAUUUUUAGUUUACUGUGAUAUAUGUUGUUCAGUAUUAUGCAAUCUGUGUUGUAAACUUAAAUCACGUUUACUGUGUGAACAAUUUAACAAGAUACAAAAAAUUUAGAGCAUUAUCAUACCAUGAAAAAAUAAGAAAUCAAGAAAGAAUUUACAUGUAUAGUAGUCUUACAUGAAAUUUGGUUUACCAAAUCGAAAUAGAAAAAUAUAAAAAAAAACUUUUUGUACAUACUAACCCAAAGUGUCAAAUUCUUCACUUGUUGGAUUUUAGUUGUUAUGUAGAAAUGAAUAAACAUAGUUUAUGACAACCAAAAUGAUGAAACAUUAUGUCCAGUUAUUGUAAUUCUCAAGUGUGCUUAAGCAUAAAUGAUCUAAAAGCGCAUUAACAGUCAUUUGAGGCUAAAAAUCUGUUAACUUUUAAUGAAAACAUUUCGAAAUGUGUUUUAUUACAAAGAGCAACUGAACUAGUCAUACUUGAGCAAAUUCUUAAAAAAAUAUUGUAUACAUACUUGAAAGAGUGAUUAUUUACAGAGUGAUCUUGCAAGCCUCCUGCAAAAAGAAGAAAAAAUUAAGUGAACAAAUAUAUAAAACACCAGGAAAGUAAAAAAUAUAGACAGAA